GCUGGAGUGAGAGAAAAAGGAACCAGCCCUUGCAGGUCCUGGCUCUGCAUGGCUGCUUGUGGUCCAACGCUCACAGGGUGACUGGACUGGGUCCUGUCGAUUUAAAAAACAUGCACAACCUAAAAGUUGAGAGUUCAGUUUUAUUUGGGGCUAAAUGAGGACUAUAGUCAGACAGGCAGCAUUUCAGAUAGCUCUGAGAAACUGCUCCAAAGAGGCGAGGGGGAAGGUCAGUAUAUGUGUGAUUUUGGUGAAGGGGGAGGUACAUGCAAUCAAGCACGCGUUUUACAGAAGGUCGCUGCUGGUCUCCUGAAGGUUAUUAUUGCUAGUCACGAGGAGCAGAUGUCACCACGAAGAAUUUUAGUGCUUUUCUAGAUACGAGGAGAUGCAAAAACUGGGCUCAUAAAGUCUGAAAAUAUCUAACUAUCUGAAGGUUUGUUCUACUAGUUUUCUCAGAGCACGUAGUGCCUCCCUCCUGAUCACCCUGGGCUUCUCUCAGAGGGGUGUUGAGGGUCCGCAGCUGCAGUGGCUCAUGAUUCAGUCUGUAGAAGUAAACGGCAAAUGCCAGUUUCCAGUCUACAGUCCCCAUUGAGCCCAGGCUCCCAGCUUAGGCGAGGUAGCCCCUACCUAUGCCUGGGUGGGGCUGGGAGGCGGUGUGAGUCGAGGGUGGGGGGCACUCAGAGGCACCUGAGGGCCAGGAUGGAACGUGCUGAAGGCCGGUGGGCAGAUGGCAGGGGCCCUCCACUGGGACCGUGUGUUCUAGCGGUUUCCUGUGAUAGGGCCCUGGCCCCUAGGGAGGCUCUCCCUCAGCGGGCAGUCUGCACCUGAGCACUGGUGGGCGGGGAGGGUGAAAGGGGCAAGUCUUGCCAUCAGAAGCAGAACUGAGCUCUGGGAGUGGGUGGGGGCGGAAGAACACACCCCUCUUCCCUCCCCAUUCUCCUAAGAGGCGCCGCCUGAACGGAGAUCAUCCCUCAGAUGCACUGAGUUAAGGUCUCGGGGGUCCAGAGAGGGUCCCGCCUAGGCUCCCAGCCAUCUCCUGGACUCUCACCGGGUCCUUCUCAUCUGUCUCUGUGGGUACGGGGUGGGCUGGCAGGAACAGGACUCCCCACGAAAGGAGGAUGAACCCCAGCAGGACCCCGGCCCUGUGCGAGGUGACGGGCUCCGCAGCCCUGGGACGCCUGCCCUUCUUCCGGGGACACCAGGCGCCCCAAGGCCUCUGGCCGGCCCCACCGCCAGGGCAGGUGCCUGGGAGCCGGCUGCCCCUCCCGGCCUAUUUCCUCCCCUGCGUUCCCGCCAAGGGCUGCCCAGCCUGGAGGUGCCGGGAAGCCGCCCGGAGCCCCCGCGCUGCGGCGAACCGUCCCGGCGCGCUACGCGGUGGGACCAGCGAGACGCGGGCCUCCGCGAUGCCUAGAGCGGUCCCGGAAGUGCCGCGGGCAGGGGCGGGGCUCGGGCGCUCGGGCCGCCGCGGGUUUAGAGUCAGCAGCCGCAGCCGAGCGAGGCCACGGCCGCGGGCAGGAGCUGCUCGGGUGCGGCCCCGCCCCGCCCGCCCGCGGCCCCGCCCCCGCCAGGUGAGCGGCCCCGCCCCGGCCAGGUGAGCGUACCCGCCCGGGCCCAGACCGUGAGAGCAGUAAGUGUGUCCCAAAGAAAUACGGUCCCUGGGGUGAGCCAGGACUCACCAUGGAGCUCCCCCCAGCAGCCAAGCUAGGGGAGGCCUUUGUGUUUGAGGAUGGGUUGGAGAUGCAGCCAAACCUCUUCUCAGAUGAGGACCUGGGGGACUCUUUUCUUCAGGAAAGGGGCUUAGAGCAGAUGGCUGUGAUCUACAAGGAGAUCCCUCUUGGGGAGCAAGACGAGGAGCCCAACGAUUAUGAGGGGAACUUCAGUCUGUGCUCCAGCCCUGUUCAGCAUCAGAGCCUACCCCCAGGAGACAGACCCCCGGACGAGGAGCUGUUUGGCCAAACUUUCCUCCAGAAACCAGAGCUGAGUAUGUGCCAGAUCAUCCAUGGUGCAGAAGAAUCCGGUAAGCCUAAUGGCCAAACGGUGGGCAGCGGGGACCCGGGCCCCGAGGGACCUCAUGGGACGGUGCAGCCCGCCAAACCCUACGCCUGCCGGGAGUGCGGGAAGGCCUUCAGCCAGAGCUCGCACCUGCUCAGGCACCUGGUGAUCCAUACCGGGGAGAAGCCCUACGAGUGCUGCGAGUGCGGCAAGGCCUUCAGCCAGAGCUCGCACCUGCUCAGGCACCAGGUCAUCCAUACCGGGGAGAAGCCCUACGAGUGCCGGGAGUGUGGCAAGGCCUUCCGCCAGAGCUCAGCGCUCACACAGCAUCAGAAGACCCACACUGGGAAGAGACCCUACGAGUGCAGGGAGUGCGGGAAGGAUUUCAGCCGGAGCUCCAGCCUCAGGAAGCAUGAGAGGAUUCACACCGGGGAGAAGCCCUAUCAGUGUAAGGAGUGCGGCAAGUCCUUCAACCAGAGCUCAGGCCUGAGUCAGCACCGGAAGAUCCACACCCUGAAGAAGCCGCACGAGUGCGAGCUAUGUGGCAAGGCCUUCUGCCACAGGUCCCACCUCAUCCGCCACCAGCGCAUCCACAGUGGCAAGAAGCCCUACACAUGCGAGGAGUGCGGCAAGGCCUUCAGCCAGAGUUCCAACCUACUGGAGCACCGCAAGACGCACACGGGCGAGAAGCCCUACAAGUGCCACAAGUGUGGCAAGGCCUUCAGCCAGAGCUCGUCUCUCAUUGAGCACCAGCGCACCCACACCGGGGAGAAGCCCUACGAGUGCGGCCAGUGCGGCAAGGCCUUCUGCCACAGCUCGGCGCUCAUCCAGCACCAGCGCAUCCACACAGGCAGGAAGCCCUACGCCUGCAACGAGUGCGGCAAGGCCUUCCGGCACCGGUCGGCACUCAUCGAGCACUAUAAGACCCAUACACGGGAGAAGCCCUACGAGUGCAACCGCUGUGGCAAGGCCUUCAGGGGUAGCUCCCACCUCAUCCGGCACCAGAAGACCCACACGGCAGAGAAGCGUUAGCAAGAGGCACAGGCUCCUGCUCCACCUCCAGAGACACUCACCUGAGCUCCUGCACCCCACCCCGGCCACCCGCCCCCGACGGCCUGCCUGGCAGGUGAAGCGCGGGGUGGGGGGACCGGGAUGGGAAGGCAUCGGGCUGGGAUGCCGGGGUUGGCUCCUGCUCACCUGGGACCCAGUGGGGUUCUGUAGGGUUUGCCCUCUAGUCACUUUUUCCAGAGUCCAGAAGAAGAAUCAACCUCAGAGGGAGAAAGUGGAGUUAAACCCAUGAAAAUGGCAGAUGAGCUCUUCGACAUCAGGCACUUUUAGAAGCAGCAGCCAUGCUCACCGUCCAACUCAGCGAUAGGAGAAGGAGCCCAGAACAGAGGCAUCCACAGCCCUCCUGGGGCAGUGGUGGGGGAGGGGGAGCACAGGUGACAGCAGAGGGAGGGUCUGGAAGGACUGGUUUGGGGGUGAGGGUGAGGCCCUAUGUGCUCUCUCAGUUCUCCAUGUGGGUUGGAGAGAGGGCAGCCCUGGCUGAGAGGGCUCUUCCAGAAGGUGGAAGCCGAGGACAGUUGACCCUGGCCCUAACUCAGCCAGGGCACCAGGCUGUCUGCCGUCCAGGAAUAACCUCCCUGCCAGACCGAAGGCCCGACCACAGCGUGCCUUGGACAUCAGUGAGUGGCUCUGGUCUGGCACUCUGCAGCGCCAGUGGAUGUUUCAGUCAGAAGGUCUGGGUCCAGGAUCCAGUUCUGGCUCCUCCUGCCUUUGUGACCCCGAAGAAGCCUGAGGCUCCAUGGGAUGGGGAUGAUGGGAUCUGGCCAUGUUCCUCUAAGAGUCGGUGCCAGGCUUCCAUUCAGAAUGGGACCAUGCAUGAGAGUGCUUUGGCAAACGGUGAUCAAGGAUGGAGAACAAGAGUGACCCGCUUCACCCGUAGGGGAGAUGCAUCCCUGUCUGGGACUUCUCCCUAAGCCAGGCUUUUCUUCAAGCCCAGCUCACGCCCUGGGCUGCAGCAUCCCAUGAACCAUCCUGUCCCAGACACUACAGGAGCCUCCUUGCAGCAGCUGUGUGUCUGCGUCCUGCACGUCUCUCCAUCCUCCCCACCGGGGGUUGUUUAAUGAGACCAGCUUGGCUGGACAUCCCCAGAGGUGGCGCUCCCCAGGUGAUUGGAAGGCUGCAUUGUGUAGCAGGCUGUGGGCCCCGCCCUGGCUUCCAUCAGGCCCCAGCAUCUCCCAAAUGGCAGGCCUGCUCGCCCUGACAGAGGACAGUUUGAGGGUGGCCAUCCUGUCUCAGUCCCCUGACCCCUGCCCCAGGAAUGGGCUCAGGAAGUAACAUGUCUGGCCAGUUGGUAUGUGUUUUUCCUGGGCCUUGGUGUGUCCAUGAGGGUCUUUAGUACUGCUCCCCCGGGCUCAUCAGAGCUAGUGCAGAGGGGAGGUAGUCUGAGCUACUUGGAAGUUUUUCGGAAGCCUGUAGCUGAAAUCCGACAAGCCCAUCAUGGUAAGCUAGUUCUUUCAACUAGUCAGAAGGUCAGCUUGGCAGCUGUGUAUGGUUUAGAGGUAUUAAAACGGCAAAGCCAAAGUUGUACUUCGUAAGUAGGGCUUGGUAGGCCAAAGAUUUUAAAAGGACAGGUCUGUGGGGCUGGGGGGCACUGUUACCUUUGUCCAGCUCCUCUCUGCCGUGUGAGUGUGUGGAGCGUUUAGCCAGCACUGGGGUUCCCCAGAGCCUCUGCAUGAGCAGGUGGGCUGGCCUGACGGGGUGGCACCCGGGCACUGUCUGCAGGUAGCCUGCACAGAGGGUCUCCAGUCAUUCACUAGGAGUGAAGAGAGAAUGCUGACCACCUGUUGGGGCAGGCGGGUCAGCACCCCCCAGAAAUCUACCUCCUCACCUGCCUCAUUCCCCCCAUUUGACCUCAGGCUUGGCCAGGCCUGGCCUUCUUACCUUUGAUGUCCACUCCCACUCUGCACUCCCAGCCACAUUGUUCGAAAGCAUCACUUUGCACAUGUCACCACUCUCCUUAAAGCCAACCUUCAGGGUCUCUUCUGCACAUAAACCCCUGUUUCAGCCGAUUGGUUUGUUACACCCCCCCCACACCCCUGCCACUUCCUCCCAGAUACUCUCUCCACCCCUCCCAAUUCUCUCAGCUCAUUUUAGCCAUCCUCACAUUUUUUGAACAUGCACUUUCUCCUCCUCCCCCAUCUCCUUUUCCCUUUGACAAUUUUUGAAACAUGGGGCUUGAGACCCCCCUUCCUGAAGGGUUUGACAUUCUCACAAAACCGUGGUAAGACAAGGCAGUUCUUUGUUUUUUGGAAGCUCGAGCAGAACCCAGUUCCUUCUGUUCAAAUUCUUUCACAGUUUUCUUGUCUUUUUAAAUCAUUUCAUUUAUUUAGGAUCUCAAACAGUGUAAUGUUAUAAGAGGUCAUACUGAUAUGUGGAAAUUCCCGGGCCAGGAAUCGAACCUGUGCCACAGCAGUGAGCCAAGCCGCUGCAGUGACAUCACCGGAUACAUAACCCGCUGUGCCACAAGAGAACUCCUAAUCGUCCUUUAAUUCAGUUGUUUGUUUUUAUUGUCUUACAUUUUUUUCUUUCUUUUAGUAGAUGUUGUUGAAUGUUGUAGAGCUCCAAUUCUUGAUUCUGUUUACUAAUUGAAUUGUUCUGUGAAAGUACAUGUAUUCUGCUCUUUUCUUUUUUUUUGACUUAGUACUUUACAUUUCUAAGAUUAUUUAGAUAUAGUUAAUCAUUUUUAAUAUUUCUAGUAAAUGUCAGUACUUUGGCCUAUGAUUUUUUCCUUAUACUUAGAGCUUUCUCUGCAUUCCAUAAUGUUGACAUGUGGUAUUUUUUGCUAGUAGGACUUUCCCUUUGGCCCAAGUAUUAUUAUUAUUAUUAUUAUCAUUAUAUUAUUAUUUUUUAAUAUUUCCCAGUGAUGACUGGUCAUUGCUAUUGCUUCUUACUGUACGUAUUGUGUUAACAUUUCUAAGUGUUUCUAGAACUCCUCUGGGCCUGAAUAUAUUACCCAUUUUUAUAAAUCAUUUAUGUACGUUAAAGAAAUGUGUCUUCACUCCAUCAGUUCUAUUUGCUAAAUUAAUUUUUAAAUUAUUUUAUUCAAAUCCAUUCUUUCUUUAACUUCGGUUUACUUCAGAUUUCUUAACCUGGGGCCUAGGGACUGCCUAGCAGUUUUAGAGGUUUUAGGGGUUUUAGAGGUCAUGGACCCCUGGGGACUGAACAAAGCUGUGUGGAUAUGUGCCUGAAUGAAUGAUUCUGGGACGGGGGGGAGGGGUCAGUAGCACUCACCACAUUUUGGAAGAGCUCUGUAACCCCAAAAUAGUUAAGAACUUUCAUUUACCUGGUCAAAUUAUAGGCUGAUUUUGUGUGAUUUUUCUUUAUGUAUUUCUAGUUUGCUUUAGUUUCUGUUUCUAUUUUAUGUAUGUUGUUGCUUUGUUAGUUGUGACGUUAUCUUAAGAAAUAGGCAGGGUAUAAAUUAUCAAGAAAUUACCAUGUUUGGGGCAUAUAUAUUUAACAGUGAUAUAUCGAGAAACUGUGCCUUUUAGUGCCCUUUUUGAAUGCUUCUAGCUUCAACUUCUCCUUUCCAAAUAUCAAAAGCCCCUUGCUUUUUUUGAGUUUGCAUUUGCAUGAGAGUUUAUUUAGCUUGGCAUUUUAUUUUUUAAAUUUGUGUAUAUAUUUUGCUAUAUAACUUAUAAACAGCAAAUUGUUGGA